UAUCAAUGUGACAUAUAUGUGAUUUGUUUUAUUUUAGAGCAAAAUCAGAAUAGAAUUUUUGUUUAUAGUGUGUCUUAUUUAUUUUACUCGCCUAAUAAAAAUCCAAAAACCUGCCAAAAUAGCUUUCUAUCGAUAACUUUCAAUAGUUAGAAGUUUUUCUAAGUUUUACCCACACAUAACUAGUUACAAAUUACUGGAAUUACGAUGCAACGCGAAGAGAAACAGUUGGAUAUGCUGCUGGAAGCCGUCCUGAACCGGUUAAACGAUUUGAAGCAUUCCAUUGGAGCAAUGAUCCAUCGGCUUGAAACAGAAUACGAGACUAUCAACUGGCCAACUUUCCUGGAUAACUUUGCAUUGAUUUCCAGUCAUCUCACUGGUUUGACAAAAAUUUUGUCUUCCGAAAUCGGAACUCCUCUCCGUAACCUCACGGUUUUACCGUUGCUGCUGACGCCCGAACGAGAUGAAGCUUUACUGCAACUCACCGAGGGCCGCAUUCCGGUUUUCUCGCACGAUCUCGUACCAGACUAUCUGCGAACAAAACCAGAUCCGGGAGCGGAAUCACGAAUGGCAGCCCACGAGGCGAAAGCCAAUAAUCUUCAAACGGAAACGGCACUAAAACAGGUGGCUCAGUAUACUAAAGUAAUCUCGCAUAUAUGGGACAUUGUCAGCAAGGCAAAGGAAGAAUGGGACACAGAAGCGUCAUCCCGACCCGGUAUUCAGCAAACCAGCUCGAUGGCUGAUACCCAGGCGCUUGUGGCUGCCGUUGGACUGGGCAAUGGUCUCACCCUACCCGUGGGACCCGGUGGUGUACCGGGGGCAGGAAUCAUGAUACCUCCUACAAUUCGACAAGCUUCCCCGAUGAGUGCUGUUUCACCCUCCGGUGCUGGACCGCUCGGCAAGAUGCCCUCCGGAAUAAAAACUAACAUCAAGGCAGCGAAUCAAGUCCAUCCAUAUCGAUAGUGCGCAAUGAAUAAACGCAAGUUUCUGGUGGGUAUAA